AUGAAGGUUGCCGUACAGCGUGACCUUCAAAUGACCAGAACAGACCUGGAGAACAAACUAGGAAGGACAGUGGAGGCAAAAACAAGCAGCUUAGAAUCCAGGCUGGAGAAGGACCACCAUGAAGCCUCCCAAAAAAUUCAAACUCUACAGGAAAAUUUCCAGAACAUAUAUGAGACCACACAGCGUGACCUUCAGAUGAUCAGAACAGACUGGAAACAUGACCUAGAAAGGACAGUGGAGGCAAAUGCAAGGACCAUGGAAUCCAUGUGGAAGAAGGACCUUCUGCAGCUCUCCCAACAAAUGCAAACUCUGCAGGAAGCAUUCCAGAACAUGGAGCGGUCCACGCAGUGUGAGCUGCAGAUGAUAAGAGCAGACAUGAAGAAUGAACUAGAAAGGACAGUGGAGGCAAAUGCAAGGACCAUGGAAUCCAUGUGGAAGAAGGACCUUCUGCAGCUCUCCCAACAAAUGCAAACUCUGCAGGAAGCAUUCCAGAAGAUGGAGCGGUCCACGCAGUGUGAGCUGCAGAUGAUAAGAGCAGACAUGAAGAAUGAACUAGGAAGGAGAGUGAAGGAAAAUACCUCAAGGGUCUUGGAAUCCAUACAGCUGGUGGACAUCCAGCAGCCCUCCCAAGAAAUCAAAACUCUGGAAAAAACUUUGCAGACCACAUUGGGGUCCACAAAAUACGACUUAGACCUUCCAGUCCUACGGUCCUACAAAGGAGAUGUCAUCCUGGAUGCUGACACAGCUCAUCCCAGACUGGAAAUCUCUGCAGAUGGGAGGACAGUGAAAGAUACUGGUGUCAUCAGAUUCUUGCUCAGAAACGAGAAGAGAUUUGAUUCCCAUCUGUUUGUGUUGGCAAAGGAAGGAUAUACUUCCGGGAAACACUAUUGGGAAGUAAAUGUUGGGACAAGAAAAAACUGGGCCUUGGGCAUUGCCUGUGAAUCUGUGACUCGCAAAGGCACUUUGACUCUGUGUCCUGAGAAUGGCUUCUGGGUUAUCGCAUGUGUGGAUGGGCAAGAUUAUUUGGCCUGCACGAAUCCUUGGACCUGUCUGACUGUGACUGGCUAUUUGUCACAGAUUGGCAUCUUCUUGGACAUCCCAGCCAAGAAGGUUUCUUUUUAUGAUGUCUUUAAGGCAGUAGCUUUGUACACUUUGAGUAUUGCUGAUGGCAGCAGACAGGAAGGCAAAUUCCUUCCCUUCUUCUCUACAGGCCUUGCUGCUGCUGAGCCUGACACUGAGCCGCUAGCAAUACUGCAGUUUUCUGAUGAUGAUGAGUAG